AUCCAAUGAAUAUUAAAUUAGGUGGUUAUUUUGUGCAGUCAGCAGAAAUGAAGUUCAUCUCUUUUCUGUUUCUUUGCUCUCUGAUUGUGAGCUAUUCCUUAUCACUCAAUUUGAGGCCAAUAAUUGGUAUUGUAUCAGAGACUACUACUGAAGGUCAUUCAUACAUUGCAGCAUCUUAUGUUAAGUAUAUAGAGUCUGCAGGAGCUCGUGUUGUUCCUAUUAUUAAUAAUAUAACACAAGAUGAACUGAAGGAUUUGUUCGGAUCCAUUAAUGGGGUUCUCUUUCCUGGGGGCGGUAGUUCACUGGUGGAAUCAGCUUAUCUUGAAGUAGCCAAAACAAUAUUUGAACUUGCUAAACAGGCUAAUGAUGAAGGAGAUUAUUUCCCAUUAUGGGGCACAUGUCUUGGAUUCCAGCUGCUGUGUGUGUUACAGUCAGGGACUAAUCACAUAUUGUCAUCAUUUGAUUCUGAGGAUUACAGCAUACCACUCAACUUCACUGAUGGUAAGUAACUUUAAUGUUACAGUAGCUAUGGGCUUUGA